GCAAGUUGUGGACUUGAGUUGAAUCGGACUAAGGCGGGCAAGAGUGCGUUCAUAGAACCAAACCACAUCCUUACUUGCCAGCGAGAGUGUGUGUUCGAUGUGGGCUCGUGGCAAAUAAAGUUCUUCCACUCUGACAUCAUUUCUGUCUCUGACCGGACGUUAUUACCAGGGAACAGUACCGAAUCACGUCUCAGAGAUAGUGGUCCAGGGCGUCCGCUAUAAUAAGUGGUCCUUCGAGCCGGAUCUGAUCCCUGUAAUAAAAGCAUGGAAGAACAGCGCGCCAGGAGACAUCAGGCUCGUCCUGCCCAUCUUAGAGAAUAUGACUUAAGUGACUAUCUCCCCCGGAGUAGAUCAUCACUUCCCAGAUCAGCUCACACUCCCCCGCCACGUCUGAGAGACGAGGAGGAGCCCGGCGGGGCUCAUGGAUCUCCUCGAUCUGAAUCUCCUGUCACUCAGGAUAGUUUCCAGUCUGGAUGGGACAUCAGAGAUCGAUGGGAAGAGGACACCGAGAUGUUGCAGCAGGAGAAUAAAAGAUUGAGAAGCGAGCAGGAAGCUUUGCUGGAGGCGUUGGACCAGUUGCGACUGCAGAAUGCAGAGCUGGCUAAAAAAAGUGACCAGAGAAUGGGCCAGCUCCCCCCCCAGGCUACAACUGAGACAGAGCAGUUACGUGAGCAACUCAACCAUCUCAGCAGUGUUAUUACUCAGUUGCAGAGUGCGUAUGACCCACGACCUCCUCAACAGUUAGAGCAGGAGGACCAGUCUGAUAAGCUGGAUCGGCCAGGCAUUCCAGGCCAUCACAGUGGAUCGGAGUCUGAUGGUGGCAAGAAACUGCAUGCAGCUUCAACCCGAGGAGUUAAGGGACACAUCCUCCCAGGACUUAAUAUGACAAUGCCAUACGAGGGGGCUCUGCGGGAACCUGUUAGGCAGCCAGAUUCAGGUUGGCAGCACCCUUUAGAACAUACAGUAACACGCCGGCAUUCUCCUGAAAGGUACGCUGUUCACUCCAGACACCUUACCCGUCCUUCGGAGAGGAUGGCAGCAGCAGUAUCGGACACCCAGCACUCUCGACAAAGAAGUUGUGAUUACUCACCUGAGGGUUUCACCUUGUCAGAGAGAAAACAGCAUGUAGCAUCGUUGGGUCACCCUCGCAGUUUGGACAGGGAUUAUUACCGUUGCCCAGAGCAGCCAGCGGGAGGUGGGGAUGGCCCCCAUCGUGAUUACGGGUCGCAUUACCAGCCCCCUCCAAGACCCGCGCAUUCAGAGUACUAUUCAUACUCUAGAUCCCGGCAGCCGAGCCCGGUGGGGGGUCAGGAGCGCUACUAUAGGGGGCCAGCACCUACAAUCCCAGAUUUCGUACACCCAAACCCACGAGAGUUUGCAAGGCUGAGGAUCGCAUUGGAAAAUAUCCUCCCAGCAGACGCAACAGAACGGUUCAAGUUCCAGAUACUGGUAGAUCAUCUUAAGCUAGAGGAGGCCCUGCUUAUUGCUGACUCCUAUAGCCAUUCCAGGCACCCUUACACCAGCACAAUGGAUGCCCUAAACCAGGAAUAUGGACAGCCGCAUCAACUGGCACUCCAGCGUAUUGCAGAGUUAAUGGACGGGGCACCUGUUAUGUCAGGAGAUACCAAGACCUUCAGGACGUUUGCACUAAAGGCACGCUCCCUGGUCAGCAUGCUUGCACAAUUAGGAAGGAAAGGAAUUGUCGAGCUGGAAUGUGGGUCCCACGUGUCAAGGUUGCUUGAAAAACUGCCGCAUGAUUUGAGGUCCAGCUUCCGUCGAUAUAUUCAUCCUCAAGACAUUCCCAUUCCUACACUGACUGACUUCUCAGAUUGGCUUGAAUAUGAGCUGCAGGUGCAAGUCGACACGGCACGGUUCAGCUCGAAGAGAGCAGCGUUUCCAAGAGGAGAGGAAAGGAGGAAGUUCACCGGUAAGACAACCACCAUACUGUUGAACACGGAGCCCCAAGAAUCUGGUGCCCCUCCAGCAGCAGCAACAGCCAAACAUAAGGGGAAGAAGUAUUGUCCUUAUUGCAACAGUGCUGAUCACUCUUCAAACAACUGCUCCAAUUUCAGACAGCUACACAAAGCACAGAGACAGCACUGGAUCAAGAGUAACAACCGGUGCUGGCGCUGUGGGAGGACCCACCAUGCUGCAGAAUGCGAUCUAAAGAUGCGCUGUAAGACAUGCAACCAACGACAUCUCCUUGUCCUCCACGACCUCAAUGACAGGUCCGCCAACAAUGUGCGAGCCUUACAGGCCUCUUCUGCAACAACAGACUCAGGUGCUGCACGAGUGGGAGAGGAAGUGUUGUACAUUACAUCCUCCUAG